AUGGAAGGAGUCUUCCUAGGUCCGACGGGUGGUAGCGGACGGCCAGGCGAAGGGCUAGGCCCCCAUGGCAGCAAAUCCCCAACCACAUUUGGUGUCAUCGCCAUCGUGGAAGGAGGCUUCCUAUGUCCGACGGGUGGUAUUUUCCACGAUGGUGGCAUCGCCACCAUGGGCGGCGGAUGGCUAGGCCCGGAGGGAGGUACCCUCCUCCGUGGCAGCAAAUCCCCAACCACGCCAGGUGGCAUUGCUGAGUACGGCUGUGCAUCAGCCAUCGUCGUCAAAAGUGUGGUCAAUAGUGUCAGUGCCACCACGACCACAAUUGGUGAUGCGGUGGCGCUGGCGAUACUUUUCUUGCUGCUAGCCAUGGCUAGCUUGUGA